AUGCAUGAUACAUUACAUGAUAGUAAAGCACAUUAUAGCAAAGAAUCCAAUACUGACACUGAACAAGUAGAAAUAGAUAAUGAAUUAAUUGAAAGUGAUGAAUCAUUUGAGAGUAAUAAUAAUAAGAUAGAAAUAAUUGAGAAGGGUAUAACAUAUUACUUCCUUUUAAGAUAG